UACAGGCAGCUUCUCAGAAUGAAUAAUCCCUGGAAAGGAAGCUAAAAGUUUGGUGAACAUUCCUUAGUGACUUAAGAGGCACUUCAAGGUCAAAUAAGAGAUGGCUGUUAAGUGGCUGCCUGGCCAUCAGGGAAACAAGUGGGUCCCUGAUGCCAGGAGGUCUGUCAAAAUUAAAGUUCAGUCCUGCUUAGAUAACCUGGAAGAGUCUCAAGACUAUGUUGAGGCUGCCGACGGUGGUGGGUGAAGGGGCAAGGUUCUGGAAUGCCCGGACUUCUGCGUUAGGUGAAUAGAACAUGGAUACCUCGUCACUUUGGAUGCAGACCCGAUUGUAUGAGCGACCAAGUAGGCUGCUCUGAUCCAAGGUUUGCUGCGGGGAUCAGGAAGGAGCCCAAAUGGGCAACGUACAGGAGCGGCCAUCGGAGACCAUUGACCGGGAACGGAAACGGCUGGUAGAGACAUUGCAGGCAGACUCUGGGCUGCUGCUGGACGCGCUGGUGGCCCGGGGCGUCCUCACUGGGCCCGAGUAUGAAGCCUUGGAUGCGCUGCCUGAUGCAGAGCGCAGGGUGCGCCGCCUACUGCUGUUGGUGCAGAGCAAGGGCGAGGCAGCCUGCCAGGAGCUACUGCGCUGUGCCCAACAAACUGUGCGCAUGCCAGACCCGGCCUGGGAUUGGCAGCACGUGGGGCCUGGCUACCGGGACCGCAGCUAUGACCCUUCAUGCCCAGGCCACUGGACGCCAGAAGCACCCAGUUCAGGGACCACAUGUCCUGGGCUGCCCAGAGCUUCAGAACAAGAGGAGGUCGGAAGUCCCGAGAGCUCUGAGGCAGUGCAGCCUGAAACUCCAGAGAAGCCAGAACUAGAAGCUGAAGCUACUGAAGGGGAUGAGCUAGACCUGGAACAAGAACUGGAUCCAGAACAAGAGCCAGAGGUAGAACCAGAACCGGAGCCAGAGCCGGAGCCCGAGCCGGAGCCGGAGCCAGAGCCCGACUUCCAAGAAGAGGAUGAGUCUGAAGAUUCCUGAAGGCCAGAAUCUUUACCUGUGGAGAUCCUAUUCAAGCUGGAUAAAACCCAGAAAUCUGCCAGAGCUUGACCCAAUCAAUGCACCAAGACUUCAUUUACUGCCAAAUGAAUAAACUCGGGAGGGUUAGCCUGGACCUCACUCUCCACAACUCUGGCUCUUUGCUCAAGAACUGAGGGUGGGCGUGGGUCUGAAUCCCACUGACCUGAGCAGGCUUGUGUGAAAAUACCCCCACCCCCUCAACAGCAUUCCACUCCCAAAAUAGCCCAAGCUGUAUUUCUGGAGAUCUCAGAUUCAGGCCCCUAAAUCUGACUCUCCCUCACCCCACUUUUUUCCCCUCAGGGGCCAUUUGGAAGCCCCAAUGAGCAACAUUUCCACUCCAUGGAAAUCACUAGGCUUGGGGUACCAAGCAAGUAAAAGUGGGGGGGGGGUGUCCGUCCACAUAUGGAGAGAAGUCUUGGAGCUCACAGUCUUCAAAGGAGGACCUGAGAGGAAACUUGAGUAGACAGAAGCCACACACAUCAUUGUAACCGCUGUUUAAUUGUCUGGCUUUCCUCUGAACUGGGAGCUCAGUGUGGGGUGUGGGGGUCUAACCAGUCACAGACAUACACAAGGAGCUCUGUACGUAUCUACCAAGUAAACAAAUAAGAACUUCCCAGCUGUACUUCCAAGCUUCACAGAUGGAAAAAUUAAACAAAAAAGCCAGGGUUGGGACAG